GCAAAGCCGUGGUCAUUUUAAGGAAACAACAUCUGGAGGAUAUGGGCGAAGAAUUCUUCACAGGAUUACUCUUCACUGUGCAGUGCGAGCAAGCACCAACCCAUUGAAGCACUUUGCAAAGUUUCGCGGUCUUUGUUGAGGAUGGUGGGCCUAAAACCUUCAAGCAUUCCAGUGACUCCUGGUGUGCAGAUCCUGAGUGCUGGCACAGCCGCCUGCAUUGCUGAUCUCAUCACAUUUCCCCUGGACACGUCUAAAGUCAGAUUACAGAUUCAAGGAGAAACUACACGAUCCUCGGCAGUCGGAGUUCCCAAAAGUAUCAAAUACCGCGGCGUCUGGGGGACAAUCGCCGCCAUAGUCAGAACAGAAGGACCCGGGAGUUUAUACAGUGGACUAGUAGCCGGCCUCCAGAGACAGAUGAUCUUCGCUUCAAUAAGAAUCGGACUCUAUGACUCUGUGAAACAACUUUAUACCGGAGAGAAUGGCCAUGCUAGUAUGGUUGACCGCCUUUUGGCAGGGUGUACUACAGGAGCACUCGCUGUGCUAGUGGCUCAACCGACUGAUGUGGUUAAAGUUCGUUUCCAGGCACAAGUGAACCUCAGGUGUGUUACAAAGCGAUAUCAUGGCACCCUUCAAGCUUAUAGAUCAAUCGCCAGAGAAGAAGGAAUUCGAGGACUGUGGAAAGGAACUUGUCCCAAUAUUGUUCGAAAUGCCAUUGUCAACUGUUCAGAACUUGUAACCUACGACAUCAUUAAAGAGGCCAUUUUGAGGAAAAAUCUGUUGACAGAUAACUUUCCAUGCCACUUCCUCUCAGCCUUUGGUGCAGGGUUUUGUGCAACAGUAGCAGCUUCUCCUGUUGAUGUGGUAAAAACGAGGUACAUGAACUCUGCUCCUGGCCACUACAAGAGUGCAUUAAAUUGUGCUUGGACCAUGCUGAAUAAUGAAGGACCAACAGCUUUUUACAAAGGGUUUCUUCCCUCUUAUCUCCGCCUUGGCAGCUGGAAUGUGAUUAUGUUUGUGACUUAUGAGCAGCUGCAAAGGGCAAUGAUGAUAGUCAAACAAAGUUACGAUCGUGCUGCAUGAUUCGUUGGAACACAUUACUCCAAAUCAUAGAAUGAUUUCCCUACACUGCUGAGUCUGCAUUAUGGACAUGAGAACUGAUGCCAUAAACAUGAAUUCUCAACAAGGGAUGCCUUUUUAAAAAUAUUAUUUUGUACAAAAUGAGGCUCCUUGGACAGCCUGUCUUUGGUUUAAUUCUAUUGCAUUUUGAAAUCUGGUAAUAUUUGUUCAUGAACAAAUGUACAGGAUAAAUGUUUUUGGACGGUAUACAAACAAUCAAAAAGAAGCACUUUAUUUUCACAGGAAAAUGAUUAAUAAUGUACUAUUUGUUUUUCAAAAAUAUACAAUUGAGCAACAUGCAUUGUGUUCCUUAAGAAUGUACAAAGAGACACUAACCUAGAACUUUGAUCACACUUCAUUUGUUCUACAGAAACAUAUUGAAUGUCUAAGGGUCCAAUAUAGUGGAUGGUGAGCCUGGAUCAUUCUGUACCAGAUGUAUGCUGUCUGUCCUGUUGCAAUGGGCUCUCACCGCAUCCAGGUCAUACACCAAAAAAAAAUUCAGAGGCCUCAUUGCAAUUAAAUAAGAGUAUUGCUCUUGCUGUAGGACCUUUUCAUGAAAUUGGUUUUCAUCAGUGCCUGACAUAGCAUGUAUCACAGUAACAGGCACAAAGGACUGGACCACAACACUGUUGAAAUGACUAAGCAAUUCCUUACACAUUCACAAACUUUUAUCCAGUUAUUUUUU